GCCGGCAUGGGCUUCGAGGCGCUGGCCAGCGAGAGUCUGCGCCAGGUGCUCGACUGCCUGAGCAUCCGCGAGCAGUUCGCGCUGCUGAGCAGCUCUAAGUCGCUGCUGAGUCGCGAGCCGCUGGCGCCGAGCGUCGUGUCGUACUGCGGCGCGUGCGAGGCGUGUCGCGACAAGACGGAGCAUCUGUGCGCCGCCAAGUUCCGGCACGAGUCGGCGGCCUUCUGGUCGGCGGUGCUGCGGCACUCGACGCCCACGGGGCUCACGGAGCUGCGCCUCGCCAGCUGCGACGGGUUCGACCUCUCGGUGCUCAAGAGCGCGGGCGCCAGGGCGGCGCUGGCGCCGCUCAAGGUGCUGGAGCUCAACAGGUGCUCGACCAUGGACGCGGAGGCGCUGGACAUCGUUGCGGACUGCUGUAUGGGCUUGAGAGAGCUUCGCUUCAGGGACAUGGCGGUGGACCGCGCGGCGCUCAAGAAGCUGCUGAGCAGGAACAAGGACUCGCUGCGCGUCGUGGACUUGCUGGGCUGCCACACGGUCAAGGGCGAGGACGUUCGCGCUAUCGCCCAGUGCACGCAGCUGCGGGACUUGAGUCUCUGGGGCUGCCACAAUGUGGACAAUGCCGCUAUUGUGCACGUGGUGCAGCACUGCGCGCAGCUCGAGCGGCUGAAUCUUCGCUACGCGCACAAGGUGGACGACAAGGUGGUGGCGGCGGUGGCCACGCACCUGCCGCAGCUCAAGGACCUCAACCUGCGCUACUGCUACAAGGUCUCGGACAAGGGCGUGCAGACGCUGUGCGAGAAGCUGCCGGGGCUGCGCUCGCUGAACCUGUCGCAGUGUUCGAGACUCACUGACGCCGCUAUUAUGCAGGUGGCGGCGUCCAUGAGCCGCCUCAAGGAGCUGCGUCUCUGGGGCUGCACCAAGCUCACGUCGGACUCGGUCUUCUUCAUCUCGGAGGGGCUGCCCGAGCUCACGCUGCUGGAUCUGCGCAGUCGUGACAAACUCGAGGCGGUCAUCGGCGGCCCCACGGCGCUCAAGUUCCUCAUCCAGACGUACCGCAGCAAGCUGGCGAGGUGGGAGCAAGCUCAGGGUGAACAGGCCGGCGUGUUCAAGCGUCACGCGGUGGUUGCCGCCGCCGCGUAGGCGGUCUGGCUGGUCUCAUGAGUUGUCGCUCUGCUGUGACGGUGUCGUCUGCGGCCCCUCGCUUCUCCUUUUCUUGCUUGGAUAUCCCGGCCUGGGAUCUGCCUUCAGCAUUCCGUGCCUUCCUUCUUCAUUUUCGGUCUCGCCGCGCCAUGCAUGUUCCUGACACUCGAGAGAGCGAUAACAAAGGUUAAUGCACAUUGUGUAUCUUCGAAGCU